AUGACGGGCGGUCGGUUCGACUUUGACGAUGGUGGCACCUACUGCGGAGGCUGGGAGGAGGGCAAAGCCCACGGCCACGGCGUUUGCACGGGACCCAAGGGCCAGGGCGAGUACUCGGGCUCCUGGUCCAAUGGUUUUGAGGUGGUUGGCGUCUACACCUGGCCCAGCGGGAACGUGUACCAGGGCUACUGGGCGCAAGGGAAACGCCACGGACUCGGUGUAGAGAACAAGGGGAGGUGGAUUUACCGGGGAGAGUGGACACACGGGUACAAGGGCCGGUACGGAGUCCGGCAGAGUCUGAACACACCUGCCAGGUACGAGGGCACCUGGAGUAACGGACUGCAGGAUGGCUACGGCGUGGAGACGUACGGUGACGGAGGUACGUACCAGGGUCAGUGGACUGGUGGGAUGCGUCAUGGCUACGGUGUACGUCAGAGUGUCCCGUACGGUAUGGCCUCUGUCAUCCGCUCACCUCUACGAACCUCACUGGCUUCCCUCCGCAGUGAGCAGAGUAAUGGUACAGUGCUGCGUGACAGCCUUUCUGACAGCCCUGCCGGCACACGUGGCGGUUUCGUGCUCAACUUCCACUCAGACGGAGAGGGUUCAGAGAAGAAGAAGGGUCUCUUUCGCCGUGGCUCCCUCUUCGGCAGCCUUCAGCGACUGCGCAAAUCAGACUCGCGCUCGUCAAUUUCCAGUAAGCGCAGCUCGGCACACAGUGACACCACCAUGAGCCGCAUCAGUUCAAGCGACGCCAACUCCACCAUUAGCUUUGGAGACGGAGACCCAGGCGAUGACUACCUGACUCAGGAAGACAAUGUGGAUGCCACCACCACCGAGUCCUACAUGGGUGAAUGGAAGAACGACAAGCGCAGCGGCUUCGGUGUCUCUGAGCGCUCCAACGGCAUGAAGUACGAAGGUGAAUGGUUGAACAAUAAGCGCCAUGGCUAUGGCUGCACCAUCUUUCCUGAUGGCACCAAGGAAGAAGGGAAGUACAAGAACAACACGUUGGCCCGGGGAAUCAAGAAGCACCUCAUCCCGCUGAAGAACACCAAGACCAAACAGAAGGUGGAUCGAGCCAUCGAAGGAGCAGUAAGAGCAGCAGCCAUUGCCAAAACCAAAGUGGAGAUUGCCAUCUCCAGGACGUCCCAUGCUCGGGCCAAAGCAGAGGCUGCAGACCAGGCUGCACAGUCGGCCAGUCAGGACUCAGACAUCGCCAGAGCAGUGGCCAGAGAGCUCUCCCCGAGCUUCCAUCAGCCAGGCCCUGACUACGUACGGCAGAAGUACAAUGAGCCGGUGGAGGUGAAGGAGGCUCCCGUGGAGGAGAAAAAGGAGAAGUCUCCAUCAGGGAGCCCUCACUUCUACCGGAAAGGAACCACACCCACCCAGUCUCCAUCUCAGAGCCCAGUUCCCAGCCCCACUCCUUCACCCAUUGCUGUUAAGAAGUCCCUCUUCAGCAGCAAAGCUACAACCGCCGCCGCCUCUUCCGCAAAGCCUGCUGGGAAAGAGAACAGAACCCCAACAGCUGAGUCUUUGACAGCAGGCAUAACAAAGGCAGCAUCAAAACUUUCUCUCAGACAGGAAGUGAGGCAGCAGGAGGCUCAGUCAGGAGUCAGCAGUUACCCCAGCAACGGGCAGAUUCACUCCCAGUACCACGGUUACUACGUCAAAGCAGACAUCAAGAGUCCGCCGCCUGACGAGCCGAUCGGUGUAGAAGACGACCUCCACCCAUCAAGCCUUGCACGCCUGCCGCCACCUGCCAAACCGAUUCAGACGCCAGCGCUGAAAUCCCUGCCGACCCCCAGUCCUUCACCGGUCCCUCCAAAAGAGAGCACCAAAGCACCAGAGCCCCUCAAGCCUAAAAGACAGGAGUCAAGCAAACCAAAGAGCCUCGCAGAAACCAAGAAAGCUAGUCUGGAAAUAGCUUCUGAUGUAGUAGAGGAGGAGUCGGGUCCUAACUCUAUACUGGUGGCUCUCGUGAUGCUAUUGAAUGUAGGUCUAGCUAUCAUCUUUGUCCAUUUCCUCACCUGACCAAACCUCGACUCAGGAAAAAAGUGUCCAGGAUGAGGACUAACUGAAGUAUGAAUGUAGCACCACCUCAG